AUGGAAAAUAUUGUAGAAGACAUCGUGUUCAAAAAAGAUGAUUUACUUAAUCAAGAAUCUACCAUUCAACUUCUAUUAGAAUACGUAGAUGCGAAUUUAUUUGAGACUGACAAUGAUAUUCAACUCACGAUCGUUGAAAUAUUGGAAUUUAUUUGGACAUUGGUCGAUAACACUAUCCUGGUACCACAAUUACUCAAUGCAAAUUGUGUUUCAUUCAUGCUCAAAUGGAUUAAUACGAACGACUUAUCACUCACUAUUCAACGGACUAGUAUUCGGCUCUUAUACAAUAUUGCACGACAUGAACAAGGAUGUGAUGCAUUGAAUGGAGCCAAUGCCAUUCAUUUAUUGAAAGAAUUUAAACAUCGAAUUUUAGAUCCAACUGUUGAUGAUGCAGCCUACGAAGAUAUGCGUUUACUAUUUUCUAUGGCACUAGCACUAUUAACGGAACCGAAGGAAAACGAAAGUAAUGCCAAAUCACUUAGAAAAAUACUCGAUCAACUGAUGCAGUUAACUAUCAAUACCGCACGAAAAAAAAAUCACAAAUAUGGUGAUUUUGAUAUCAGUGAACCAUUAGUGGUUUUCACAAAACUUUUCGUUCAUGACGAAAUUAUACAUUAUUGCAUCAAGGAAUCUGAAGUCAAAGAUAUGAAAGCAUCUUCGAAAAUCGCCUUCUUUUGUGAUCUAAUGAUGCAAUUUCGAGGUGCUCUCGCUAAUGAUGACGAACUCGAUCAACGAACGCUCACAGCGCUGAUGAACAUUAUUUGGAGUAUUUCGUUUCAUCAUGAUUAUGUCGACGAACUCAAAUCGAAUGCAAAAUUUCUCAUCACUGUCAAAAGUCUCGCCAAUGACGAUGGAGAAGGUUGGAUUGAAAAAUACGUACCAAAACACAUGUCAUCAGUAAAAAAAGCAGCCGCGCGCAUUUUAUGGAAUCUCGAUGAAAGUAGUCCAGGUUAG